AUGACGUGUUCGACGUUCUGUGCCGUACUCCUGCUGGCCGCCCUGGUUUCAUCCUCCCAGGCCCGCCGAGACGCCGAGGUGUGGUAUGAAGAUGUCGCGAUAGGCGAGGAUGUGUCCGUCGGCAGCACAGUCAAACACCUGCGAGACGUCGUUAACGCCAGCGCUGUAGAAGCAAAUGGAACGUCCUGGGCAGUGAACAUCACCAGGGGCAACGGUUUGGGACGGUUUGAGGUUGUUCCUGAGAACCUGACGCUAACCGUGGUCGCGCCGCUGGACUUUGAGUACAGCCCGCGGUACAACCUGUCCCUGGAGCUGAUAGACACAGCAGACAACAGCGUCUGGCUCGUGAACCUCGUCAUCGUGAUCGUGGACGUGCCGGGAUACCCGCCGUACUACGACAAGCGGUGCGAAACACCAGUUAUUCCUGAUGAUGGUACGAAUGAGAACAAUGUACUGAGCAGCACUAAUGGAUCGUACGAUGUCUUCAUCAAUGGGGAUAAAUUUGAACAGUAUACGGCCGACUUCCUCCUCUAUUGGCGUGUUCAGGCCAUUGAUGUUACCAUGGAAGACUGCUCCAUCCGACUGUGUGUUGCUAUGGACCAAUGGUUGAGGGAUUUAGGAUUGAUCCUGAUGCCACUUAGUACCGUGCCUGCGAAUAAAGGCAGAAUCGAGUUUUCAUGUCGCGACAGGCAGCUCAAAAGUAAGGGCAAGUUUGUAUUCUUGGACCCUUCUAUUGACGACGAUUUGCCCGGCUGGGCACAGGGUGGUCAGUGCGAUAUGGCGGCAAAAAGGCUGGUCCCGCUUGUUUUGUUUGUAGAUAUUAAUGAGAUAUGGUCCACUUCGUCCUACAGUGUACAAUGUAGCGCUAACGUCGCACUUGUGACAAGUCCAAUUCUCGUGGACUUCAUAUUCCAGUACGAUGUUACAGGAUGUUCCGAGGGCAGGUACGGUCUGUACUGUGACAAAGACUGUAUUUGUAAGAACGGGGCCCGUUGCCAUGGCUUUAACGGUGCGUGUGAGUGCCGCCCGGGAUGGAGAGGGAGGGUCUGUGACAUCCCCUGGCCUGAGGUCGUCAUCGUAGAGACACCUGGCGAUUCAGUCGUGAAGUACAUCGGUACCAACCUGACUCUGACCUGCCUGGCUCCACACAUCCGCGUAGCAAAUAUGACGUGGGUUUAUCAGGCAGAAAACACCCACACUGACAAACUAAUCAUUGAAGAAGGGACAGUGCAAAACAGUUCCAUCAACUUCCAGCCGAUCAUGGAAAUAGCCAAUGGUGAAUAUGCGUGUGUGGUAGAAGCUGUAGGUGGUGAAGUGGCCAAUGCAACUUUCGUCCUCAACGCUACCAAAUGCCCACCAGGCCGUUGGGGUGAAGUUUGUCAGCAGGUGUGCGACUGUCAGUUCGGAGGGACGUGUGACAGGUGGGAGGGUUGUCUGUGUCCUCCCGGUCGUCAUGGAGACAGGUGUGAAUAUGUCUGCGCACCUGGAACAUUCGGAUGGAACUGCAGCACGGACUGUCAUUGUCAGAACAACGCCUCGUGCGAUCCAGUCAAUGGUACCUGUUUCUGUGCAGAGGGGCAGUGGGGUGAAUUUUGUGAGAAUGCCCCCAAUCCUGAAAAUAAUAACCAAGUCGUCGUCAAAGUGCUGGCUUCCGUUAUCCCUGCCAUGUUUAUAGUCUGUUGUAUCGUGAUUGUGACCCUGGCAAGACGGCGUGCCGGGCUGCAUAAAAAUGACACAGCGGACGUAGAAAUGGAGACCCUGCCGUCACCAUGGGAACUGGACAAACAGGACAUUCAUUUCGAGCAUAUGAUCGGCGAGGGAGAGUUCGGCCACGUCGUGCGGGGAAGACUGCGCGUUCCCGAGGGCUACCAGGUUUUGGUGGCCGCCAAGAGUAUCCGGCCUGACCGCAUGACAGCGUCGGCUGUCCGCGACUUUCGCCGCGAGAUGGACAUCCUCGCCAGAAUACACGAGGACAAGGAUGGACACCCGAACGUGGUCAAGUUUUACGGGGUUCUGACUAAAUCGGAGCCACAAUACAUUGUUGUGGAGUACGCGACAAAUGAAGAACUGCGGCGGUACCUGUGGAGUCUGAGAGAACAGUUCAAGGUGACAGGACACAGGAAACUGUUAGAACGACUCGGGUUUGCUUCUGGCGUUGCCAGUGGGUUAUCGGAGCUGGCACGUCUGAAGAUCGUGCACAGGGACAUCGCAGCCCGUAACGUCGUCGUCAGCGACAGAAGGGUGGCCAAGAUCGCGGAUUUCGGGCUGUCGCGCGACGUUUACGUGUCGUCGGCGUACAAACGCACCAACCAGGGCGGGGAGGAGGAGCUGUUGCCACUGAAGUGGAUGGCCCUGGAGUCGUUACGGGACGGGGUGUACACGUGCGAGAGUGACGUGUGGUCGUACGGUGUCCUGCUGUGGGAGAUCGCCAGCUUUGGGGAGGAGCCGCGCUAUGCUGGCGGCCCGAUGCACCCGGACGUGUGCACACUGUUGGAGCUGCUGAGGAAAGGAGUCCGCCUGCAACAGCCGGAGAACUGUCCGCUGUCGGUGUACCGCAUCAUCAGGUCCUGCUGGAUAGUGGACCCGUCGAAGCGACCGACUCCUGAGGAGCUGUUGCAAAAGAUCGACCAGCUGAGGCCACGGAGGGAUGCUGCUCACCUCGUUGAUCAUGGCAUUUCAUGGCAAUGACGUUUUUUCUAUAGGCAUCUGUAGUACUAGUUAUUCAAACAGUUUAAGUUUCUUCUACAGGCAAUUAUUUUCUAUAGGCUUCUAUAUGCAGAUUCUUCUAUAGGUAAUUACUGCUAUCAGGUUUUGUUUAUAGAUAACCAUUAAACAGACAGUUGUGUAUUCUUACUGUUGACUAUCAAUCCAAUGUUCCAUUAUGUGGGAUUGCUAUAGAAAAGAUUACGAUGCACGAAGAUGUAAUGUUCAUUAAGCAUUCAUUCAUUCAUCAUCAUCAUCACUGUCAUGCAGGCUUUCAGGCCAUCUAUUUUAAACAUGCCUUUUCCUGAUGUGCAGGAUAGGUGGCAGAGAUGUGAGCUAGGCUAAUUGGAACAUUAGUUCAUUUUAUUAGACAUACAUGAUUGUGUAUAUAGGGUUCAACCCCUUUUGGCGAUGAAUUGUUUUAUCAUUUAUACUGUAUUAUAGUAGAUACGAAAAGUGAAUACUCCACAUUCGCUGCAAAAAGUUGUGUCUGCUUAAUUGCAAUGCCAGACGUGCUACUGACUGUUGAGUAUCAUGAAAGCGUUCAACUUUGGUCACUAUUAUUGC